CUCCACAAUAAUUAUGGCGGGUUCGUGUUUUUUCAAGCUCAAAUAUGAAAUGAGUAGUAAUGUGCGCUGCUCGGGCGGCGACAUUGACAGCGAUUUGUCGAAUAUUCUCAUGCGCCAUUUUGUGAAGGCAAUGGAAUUUUGUGUUAAGUAAUCACUCUGCGAAAAACACAUUUGUGUAUGUCCAACUUCGCGACUCGUCCACAAUGAAUGAGAAGGCUGUUGUGGGUAAAACGGUGCUCAAACGUCAUGAGGUGGCUCGGCCAGUGCACAUGCAACGGCUGGAGGCAGCCCUGGAUGUGGUCCCGUUUGUGAGCCAGGUAGAAAGGAUCCUGAACUCUGAUGACGAUUCCGACAGCGAAGAUGACCCUGAGUUUAGGUAUAUUACCAGUGAGAUGUCCAAAGGAGACCGCCUGGUGCAUGGUGUAGUGACCACUAAGCAAGAACGUCAGAGUGACCGUCUCCGCUUAUAUAACUUGGCGUCUGUGGGGGAGGAGAGAGAGUGGAUACGAGAUGUCUUACUGUCAUCUGGGCCUGACACAAGCAGUGAUGAUGAGGAGACACCUGAAGGGAAAGAGCUAAGGCUACAGAGAAUACUAAAAGAAAGGAGAUUCCAAAAUAAAUAUGCCAGGAAAUACUAUAAAGACCCUGGGAACUCCCGCUACAUGUACUACGGAGCUGGUAUCAUGUCAACCAUCGACCGAUACCCAGAGCGGAGGAUGAGUAGGUCCGUGCCGCCUCCUCCGGCCACGAGGGGGCGGCGCGGGCGCCCGUCUGAGCGCGGGUCCACCAGAGGCAUGGCCAAGUCUAGGAGAGGCCGAGCUAGGGAGACGCGGCCCUGUACUGAUGUUGGUGACAAUAUGCCUGAUGGAGUAGACUGGGAAGAUCAGUUACGAAAUAUCAAACAGGAAACUGAUGCAGAAGAAUAUAAUGUACCAAUUGACAAACCUGGAGUUAGAGGCCGCAAAAAACUAUCGACACUAAAGAGUCCAGAAGCCCUAACUGCGCGGCGCCGACGGCACUGGCUGUUAUUAGUAAAGAAAGAGCUGGGCAAAGUGCAAAGGGCGCGCACGGCUACGCACAGGGAAGUCUUACUGCAGAGGAAACGACUGGCCACACUGUGCUGCAAGCACUGGAGACACGUCGCCAUGCAGUCUCAAAAGAACAUGAAAGAGACAGUAUGGCGGUGCAAGCGCCUCAGCCGCGAGAUGCAAGCGUACUGGCGCCGCUACGACCGCGCCGAGAGGGAGACCCGUCGCCGCAUGGAGAAGGAGGCCGAGGAGCAGAGGAAGAUGGACGUAGAACUGAUGGAGGCGAAGCGGCAACGUCGCAAGCUCAACUUCCUGAUUACGCAGACGGAGUUAUAUGCUCACUUUAUGCAACGCAAGCUGAGUUCAGCGGAGGACGGUGACAGCGGCGCCGAUCGUAUCUUGCGGCAGUUGGAUGAAGAUCGUGACCCAAGGCUGGCGGGCAUCGACCACUAUGACAGCGACGCGAUGAAAGCGCGCGCGUCGCGCAACGCACGCGAGGCCUUCCACGCGGAACGCGCGCGCACGCAGCUAUUCGACGCGGCGGCGGGCGCGGGCGAGCCAGAGCGCGCGCCCGGCGACCACGACCAGCCCGCCAUCUUCCGCGGCACGCUCAAGGGCUACCAGCUGAAGGGCAUGAACUGGCUCGCCAACCUCUACGACCAGGGCAUCAGCGGCAUCCUAGCCGACGAGAUGGGCCUCGGCAAGACAGUUCAAUGCAUCGCGUUCCUGUGCCACGUGGCGGAGCGCCUGGGCGUGUGGGGCCCCUUCCUGGUGGUGUCGCCCGCCUCCACGCUGCACAACUGGCAGCAGGAGAUGGAGCGCUUCGUGCCCGACUUUAAAGUGGUACCCUACUGGGGCAGCCCGAGCGAGCGUAAGAUUCUCCGCCAAUUCUGGGAGCGCAAAGACUUGCACACUCGCCAAGCCGCCUUCCACGUCGUAGUGACGUCAUACCAGAUCGUCGUAUCAGAUCUAAAGUAUCUGAACCGUGUGUCGUGGCAGUAUAUGAUCCUGGAUGAGGCGCAGGCUAUAAAAAGCUCGGCCAGUAUGAGGUGGAAGCUGCUGCUUGGUUUUAGCUGCAGGAAUAGACUGUUGCUAUCGGGCACACCCAUCCAAAACAGCAUGGCGGAGUUGUGGGCACUCCUCCACUUUAUAAUGCCGACGCUGUUCGAUUCGCAUGAGGAAUUCAACGAAUGGUUCUCGAAAGACAUCGAAAGUCACGCUGAGAAUAAGAGCACUAUUGAUGAGAAGCACUUGUCACGGCUACACAUGAUCCUAAAACCGUUCAUGUUACGGAGAAUAAAGAAAGACGUGGAAAACGAGCUUUCAGACAAAAUUGAGAUUAUGGUACAUUGCCCCUUAACUAUAAGGCAAAAACUUUUGUACAUAGCUUUAAAAAAGAAAAUUAAGAUAGAGGAAUUAUUACAUUACUCGGUUGGUGCUGAAUCUGGUCACAACGUAGAUAAAAACUUUACAUCGAAUUUAAUGAAUUUAGUCAUGCAGUUUCGUAAGGUAUGCAACCAUCCAGAGCUUUUCGAAAGGCGCGACGUAAAGUCUCCCUUUGCGAUGCACAUAGACGACUACCACAUACCAAAACUAGUCGCCGAAGACGGCGUCCUAAUACGUUCCAUUCCAUCGAAGCGACAUCUACUCUACAACAUUCUGUCGGUGUUGAUACCAGAACACGUGCAUAGGAACGCAAAUGACUGCGAAUUAGAAGAAAGCCAAGAUGGGAAUGUGAAGUGCUUCGCGUUUACGAGGUUUAUGGAUCUGUCGCCGAUGGAGAUUUAUAGGGUUAUGCUGUGCGGGUGGUUGUAUGCAAUGCAACACAUAGAAUAUAGUUUAGAAAAAUACGAAAGGAUACGCCACAGACAAAACUGGUGGGACCGUUCGAAGCCGUCCGAGCACAUCAAAGUGGAAGAGACAGAGAUAGACGAUAUGCCAAACUACUACGACCAAGUGAGAUGCAAAGACAGUCUGCUGAUUUGCCCUGACGGCGAUGUGUUGGGGAAGAGGAAAGAAGACAGUUUGCUGUGGAAAGAAAUGCUGUUUACGGAUCCUUUGUGGGUGCCAGGAGGUCCAUUCUACACGCACACAGACCACACGAUCCACUACAUGCCAGAGACAAUAGAACAUCGAGCUAUGCGCUUGCGCUGCAACGCUGAGAAGGAAGGACAGCCGGAAAUGUUGAGUGAGAUAAAGACCGAAGAGGGUGGUGUGAUAUCAGUGCAGACUGAGGAGCAGCCAUUCCCACACAUUGAGCGGCCGCCGGUGGUCUACCGGGAUAUGCCUACCCCGCUGCCUUCGUUCCUGUACACGGCUCAACAGAAGGUAUCAGCUCACACGCGCGUCCCGUUCGCGGUGUCCCGCAGCUUCGCGUACCACGUAACGCGGCACCAGCACGCCGAGUGCCGCGAGGGCUGCGAGGCCGCCGACCGCCUAGUGGCCGCCGCCCGCCCGCCCGCCGGCUGGGCGUCCCUACAAGUGCCGGUGUCCCGCCGCCCGCCCGCCCGCCGGCUGGGCGUCUACAAGUGCCGGGUAAGUAACGCUUCCCUGUCCCGCCAGAUGUCCGCGUCCCAUUCGCAGUGUCCUGCAGCGAGGCCGCUACCGGCUGGGCGUCUCUACAAGUGCCGGGUAUCAGCUCACACACGCGUCCCGUUCGCGGUGUCCCGUAGCUUCGCGUACCACGUGACGCGGCACCAACACGCCGAGUGCCGCGAGGGCUGCGAGGCCGCCGACCGCCUAGUGGCCGCCGCCCGCCCGCCCACCGGCUGGGCGUCUCUACAAGUAUCAGUUCACACACGCGUCCCGUUCGCGGUGUCCCGCAGCUUCGCGUACCACGUGACGCGGCAUCAACACGCCGAGUGCCGCGAGGGCUGCGAGGCCGCCGACCGCCUAGUGGCCGCCGCCCGCCCGCCCGCCGGCUGGGCGUCCCUACAAGUGCCGGAUAAGAACCAGCUGGUAAGCGACGCCGGAAAACUGACGGUUCUAGACUCAUUACUGAAAAGACUGAAGGAACGAGGCCAUAGAGUGCUGAUCUACAGCCAAAUGACGAAGAUGAUCGACUUAUUAGAGGAAUACAUGUGGCACAGAAAACACAAAUACAUGCGGUUAGACGGUUCCAGUAAGAUAUCAGCGCGUCGAGACAUGGUUGCCGAUUUUCAGGCAAGAGCUGACAUCUUCGUGUUUCUACUGUCCACACGAGCUGGUGGUCUGGGUAUCAAUCUCACCGCUGCGGACACUGUGAUAUUCUACGACUCAGAUUGGAACCCCACAGUGGAUCAACAAGCCAUGGACCGCGCGCAUCGUUUAGGCCAGACGAAGCAAGUCACGGUGUACCGUCUAAUCUGCAAGGGCACCAUCGAGGAACGCAUUAUGCAGCGCGCACGGGAGAAAAGCGAGAUCCAAAGAAUGGUCAUAAGUGGCGGCAACUUCAAACCAGACACGUUGAAACCCAAAGAAGUUGUGUCUCUUCUUUUAGAUGACGAAGAAAUUGAACUGAAAUACCGACAAAAGUCAGAAGAAAAGAAAAUAAUGGAAGAAAGGGAAAGAAAACGAAAAUUAGGUAUUCUGCCACCGCAGCCAGCCGUGAUAGAACCGAAGCGAACGCGGGACUCGGCGUCGGAGCCAGGCAGCCCGCUGCAGGUUGACGACGACGGCGACCAGUUGGUGGUUGACGCGCCGCCGCUGCCCGCAGUGCCGAUGACGUACUCCCCGCCAGUACGUUCAUCAGCGUGGGGCGUGUCGCGGGCGUCCCGCAGCGCGCGGCGCGGGCGGCCGCGCGGCUCGCGGCACGCGCUCCAACGCCGCCCCGACCCCAAGCCGCAGCCCGCAGACACUGCCAUUGCUAUCGCAGCUGGAGCCGCUCUACUAGAGUCAGACGCGCCCCUAGAGACAAUAGAAGCAGGCGGGGCGCCUCGCGGGGAGUUGCGCGGGCGCCGCGGGCCCGGCCGGCCGCGAUUACGCGCCUCGGCCCCGCGCGCUGCCCCGCGCCGUCCGCGAAGGCCCCGCGAGCCUCUACUGGUACCACUGGCGCCGCCGCCGUAGACAAAGAAGACUAUAGCGUGUCCCACGAAGAGUUGAGCAAGAUUCCACGCUGCAUCAACGGCAACCCAGGCCUGCGCGUCCUACCUCCCACUAGUGCAAUUUGUAAUUAUUGCAAUAUUUACAACAGUCAUGUACAAAGAAACGCUUUUAUUUGUAAAGUAUUACACGCGAAGUUUCUGAAACUUUGCCUUAUUAUUUAUGUUGCUCAUAAACAAAUAUAAAAACACUUAUUAUGUAAGAUUUGUUAUUUGUUCUACUAUUUAUUUCAUUAAAUACUUAAAUGAAUUAUCACUUAAAAAGAACAUUGAACAAGAUGUGGAAUAAUAACAAUCUGAGUUAAAAUGUAUAAAUAUUUUGUAAAAAUACAAUAACUAAGAUUUGUAAAUUUGUUGCCAUUUUUAAUGUAUUAAAAUAUCAGCUAAACCAAGAUUUGGCUGUUCUUUUUAUUUUUGCUCUUACACACUUGUAGUUGAAUCUUUUAUCUUUCUAAAGAACAACCCACCUUAAUUUUGUUCUAAAAUUAAUGUCUGUCAUUUCUGGUUUAGUUGGUACAAUGUAAGUAAAUCAAGCAUUACUUGCAAAAACAUUAUACCCAAAAAUCUGCUAUUUGGAUUACCAUGAAUAUGAAUAACCAUUAUGUUCAAUGCAUUGUUAAUUAUGCAACAUGACGUAAACACUGAAAUAAAUAUUAUUAUGAGAA